AUGAAGGGGUCAGUUGGUCUCGUCGUGCAAACGCUGCCGCUGGCAGCCUCUGCAUGGAAACCCAGGUUUUUCGCAAGACAGGAGCCGCAACAAAUACAGCCUUCAUGUCCCACGCAGUAUACGGUCGAAUACGAGCCUCAGCCAACAGUCUUCGGGCAGCCGGUUGAGGUGAUCACGUCGAUUACCACAAACACCACGAUCACCCCGCUACCAUACAACGUUCCCAUCACAGUCAACAACGCGCCCACAUUGCUCAGCACAAUCGUCACAGCCUAUUCCACAAUAACGAAUACACUGACUCGGAGAUUCGUCACCCUGACCCAGACUCAGAGUCGGCAGCAUUACCUCUCUACCUUCAGGCGUUUCGAUACCUUGCGGAAAUCUCUAUACCAUCCAUGCCUCUCCCUCCCUUCAGACAGCUCACUCGUUUCGGGUACACUCGCUUCAGACAUUUCCCUCGCCUCGGAUAUAUCUUCUAUCUUGGAUGUCUCACUUCCAUUUUCAGACGUUUCAUUGCCAACGACUGGAAAUCAAUUUUCAACUAGCUUAUCGCUACCUGCCAGUAUACCGCUGCAAUCUGGCCUGAGCUUACCGAGCGACUUCUCUCUGUCUCCAGGUUUCACCUCCGCCUCGAUACCACCAGUUGGAGUUUCGCUAUCCGUGGGCAUCUCGGUAGGUGCCUCGCUGCCAUUGAGCAACCCCCUGCGUUCAGACCUACCGACAGGACUUCCCCUGCCUACAGAUGGUACACUGCCUUCUGCACUUAGCUCGUUAUUGUCGGAGCUUGGUGUUAGCCUCACCGGCCUUCCAUCAGGUGCUGUAUUGCCGACUGGCGUUUCAGUGGUCAGCUCGUUGCUCUCGGAUUUAAAUGCAGGCAUCACGUCUUCACCAGCUCUGCCUACCGCGCUCUCGAGCGUUGUUUCUGGCCUCAAUUCAGUGAUUUCUGAGAUCAGUGCAGCUUUGCCGCCCGAUGUUUCUGGCAUUAAUGGUUUGCCUUCUGGUAGCCCAGUAACAGGUGUUCCUGCCAUCAGCUCCUUGCUCUCACAGAUUAGUGCUGCUCUGCCGUCUGGCCCAUCUGGUGUUGGUGACCUGCCGUCUAUUUUACCGACAGCUAGCAUCCCUGAUCUCAGCUCAAUUCUCUCGGGCAUCAGUGCAAUUCUACCGUCCAGUGUCAGUGGCGUCCCAACUGUUCUCCCCACGACUGGUGUUUCUGCUCUCAGUUCGCUACUCGCAGAAUUAAGUUCAAUUCUGCCAUCAGCCGCGUCCGGCGUUAGCGGCAUUCCAACCGUUCUUCCGACAUCUGACAUUACUGCGCUAAGUUCCGUACUGUCCGAAAUUGGUGUUGCACUUCCAUCUGGUGUUUCCUCCAUCAGCGGCGUGCCGACUGCUCUUCCAACAUCCGAAAUUGCUGCGCUCAGCUCCAUACUUUCGGGAAUUGGUGCUGUCCUUCCAUCUGGUGUCUCCACAUUUAGCAGUUUACCUCCUGUCCUCCCGACAUCUGGUAUUCCAGUGCUCAGCUCUCUACUUUCAGAACUUAGUGCUGCUCUUCCGUCUGGCUUAUCCGCCAUUAGCGGACUACCAACUGUGCUCCCAACGUCUGCCAUUUCUGCGCUCAGCUCUCUGCUCUCAGACAUUGGCGCUGCGAUUCCGUCUGAUGCCUCUAUCAGUGUUUUGCCAUCUGCUCUUCCGACAUCUGGUAUCUCUGCGCUUAGUUCUUUGCUUUCGGAAAUCGGCGCUGCUCUUCCGUCUGAUGCCUCCAUCAGUGGUAUACCAACUGUGGUUCCAACAACCGGCCUUCCUGCACUCAGCUCCUUGCUCUCCGGCGUCAGCGUGGGUCUACCGUCCGGUAUUUCCGCCAUUAGUGAUUUACCAUCGGGCGUCUUGCCGUCUGGAGUCUCCGCCAUCAGCUCCCUCCUCUCCGAAAUUAACGCAGGAGUUACAUCAAUCCCGGCAGGAAUCGGUUUGCCUGAAGUAACAGCAUUGCCGAGUGAUGUAUCUGAGCUCAGCUCAUUACUCUCAGGGAUCAGUGCAGCUCUUCCAACUGGUGUUAGUGUGGUCAGCGACUCACCAUCUAGCGUUUUAUCAGCCGUCGUUCCUGCAAUUAGCUCCCUGCUUUCAGAGAUAAACGCGGGAAUUACCUCAGCGCCAUCUGGACUCAGCCCUUCCUUGGUCACCGCGCUACCAACUGGCGUAUCGGCGCUGAGUUCGCUACUUUCGCAACUGGGUACAGCUUUGCCGUCUGGCCUAUCAACCAUUGUACCUGAUUUGAGCUCGCUAUUGUCGGAAAUCAACGCAGGUGUCACUAUUCCAGCCACAAAUACUGUACCUGCUAUCACUGCAUUGCCAUCCGAGCUCGGUUCGCUUAUUUCAGAACUGAGUGCAGUUCUACCAUCUAGCUUAUCGACCGGUGUCCUCGAUGUAAGCUCACUGCUAUCAGAGAUCAAUGCAGGUAUCACAAAUCCAUCUGCAAAAAGUUUGCCUGCCAUCACUGCGUUGCCAACCGGUGCAUCCGAGCUCGGAUCGCUGCUUUCAGAACUGAGUGCAGCUUUACCGUCAGCCCCAUCGGCCAGUGUUCCUAAUCUGAGCUCUAUACUGUCAGAGAUUAAUGUAGGUAUCACGAUUCCAACCAGAAGCGUUUUACCUGCAGUCACUGCGCUGCCAACUGAUGCGUCUGGGCUUAGCUCUCUACUUUCAGAACUGAGUGCAGCUUUGCCCUCUGUCGCUUUGUCGACCGGUGUUCCUGACUUGAGCUCGUUGCUAUCACAGAUUAACGCAGGUGUCACUUCCCUCUCACCUGGGGUCAGCGUCCCAGCGAUUACCGCACUGCCGACCGGCGCGUCUGAGCUCAACUCGCUUCUUUCGCAGAUCAGUGCAGCUUUGCCCUCUGACGUUCUACCGACUAGCAUUCCCGAUCUGAGUUCGCUGAUCUCACAAAUUAACGCAGGCAUUACCUCCCUUCCAUCUGGAGUCAGUGUCCCAGCAGUUACUGCAGUGCCUACUGGCGCGUCUGAGCUCAGCUCACUGCUUUCGCGAAUCAGCGCAGCUUUACCAUCUGAUGUUCUAUCGACCAACGUUCCCGAUCUCAGCUCUUUGCUCUCGCAGAUCAAUGCAGACAUCACCUCCCUUCCAUCUGGGUUUAGCGUUCCUGUGAUUACCGCAGUGCCAACCGUGGCAUCUGAGCUUAGUUCACUACUUGCGGAGAUUAGUGCAGCGCUUCCAUCCAGUACUUUGGCAAUAAGCGGCCUGCCGUCCGGCAUUUUGGGAUCAAGCCUUCCUGGUGUCAGCUUGCCAGCUAUCACAAGCUUACCGAUUGGUGAAGCACUUAGUUCCCUGCUUUCAAGCAUAAGUGUAACACUUCCGCCUGGUGUUUCUGGCUUAAGCGGCCUGCCCUCGGGCAUUCUCAGCCCUAUUCUAUCUGAUGCGAACUUGCCAAUACCCUCAAGCUUGCCAACAACUGGCAUUGUACUGAGCUCGCUCUUUUCGGAGCUAAGCGCGGCAGUUCCUUCUGGCGUUUCUGGUCUUCCAACAGCCGAUUUGAGUUCCAUCGUAGCGGACGCUAGCUUGCCCAUCAUCACAGGCUUACCAACUGGUGGUGCACUCAGCUCGCUACUCUCAGGAAUCAGUAUAACUCUUCCGUCUGGAAUUUCCGAUCUGGGAAAGCUCCCAUCCAACGUGUUGAGUUCGCUUUUCUCGGGUGCCAGCUUACCCGUGAUCACCGAGUCAUUGACUAAUAUUGCUUUGAGCUCCAUCCUCGCAGAGCUUAGCAUAACCGUCCCAUCCGGCGUUCCUACGAUAAGCGGUCUACCAUCAGAUGUCUUGAGCUCGCUUCUGCCACCGGGUGCUUCGCUUCUGCCAUCAGCCGUACCUAGCUCGCUUCUCCCUUCGGAUGCUAUCAGCUCACUGCUUCCGGUAGCCAGUUUGCCUGCACUUACCGGAUUACCCACCUGUCUACCAUCAGACGGUCUCAAUUCGCUUCUACCAUCGGACAUUCUAAGCUCCAUUCUUUCAGCAGCCAGCUUGCCCACAGUAACCAGUCUUCCCAUUCCUACUGAUGCCGCCCUUAGCUCCAUUUUAUCAGAUCUCAGUAUCACGCUACCAGUCGGUGCUUCGGCAACAAGCAAUCUGCCAUCAGAUAUUCUGAGCUCGCUCCUUCCAGGAGUCAGCUCGCCCAGCCUGCCCGCUGUGACCGAUCUUCCAACUGGUACCGCUCUCAGCUCUAUCCUCGCAGAUCUCAGCAUUACUCUUCCAGCGGGUGCAUCGGCGGCCAGCGACUUGCCUUCUGGCUUACUAAGUUCCCUGCUUUCUGGCGCAAGUCUACCCAUAGUGACCAGUCUUCCAAGUGGCGCAGCUCUCAGCUCAAUUCUCUCGGAACUCAGCAUUAUUUUGCCAACGGGUCUGUCUGCAAUCAACUCCCCGCUUCCCGACGUAAGCCGACCCGUGGUGACCAGUCUUCCCAGCGGCGCUGCUGCUUUGAGUUCUGUUCUCUCGGAGCUCAGCGUGACUCUACCAUCGGGUGUAUCUGUAAUCGAAGAUUUACCCUCUGGAGUGCUCAGUUCCUUGCUUUCGGCCGCGACCCUGCCUGUCGUUACUAGAGUGUCGGUCAGUGUUGAUACCAGCUCGAUUCUCUCGCAACUCAGCAUAACUCUGCCAUCGAGUGUGUCCGUGAUCGAGGACCUACCUUCUGGCCUGCUCAGCUCCUUACUCUCGGUCGCGACACAACCAGUAGUUUCUACUUCCAAACCCAGUGUUGACAUCAGCUCCGUCCUAUCUGAAAUUGCUACAGCUCUGCCAUCGGGCCUUUUGAGCUCGAUCUUGUCAGACGCGAACUUGCCCGCUGCAACCAGCGUGCCGACCGUUGUCGAUUUGAGCUCAGUUCUGUCGGAGAUUGGAACAGCUUUGCCGUCAGGAGUUCUCAGCUCGAUAUUAUCCACCAUAAACCUUCCUGUCGUUACUAGUGUGCCGACUGAGGUCGAGUUGAGCUCAGUGCUGUCGCAGAUCGGAACGGCUUUGCCAUCAGGUGUUCUUAGCUCGAUUUUGUCUCCCGUAAGCCUUCCUGUAAUCACCAGCGUGCCAGUGGAUGCUGCUUUGAGCUCUGUUUUAUCGGGAAUCGACACAGCUCUGCCAUCAGGUGUGUUGAGUUCUGUUCUAUCCGACCUAAGCCUGCCUGUUGCUACCGGUCUCUCGACUAUUGUUGAUAUAAGCUCUAUCCUAUCGGGACUUGCAACCGCUUUGCCUUCAGAUGUUCUCAGCUCAAUUCUUUCGGGCGCCAGCUUACCUGCGGCUACAAAUCUCCCGACAGGACUCGAAAGCUCCAUUUUAUCAGCCAUCGCAACAGCUUUACCUUCAGAUACCCUGAGCUCAAUCUUGUCAGGCCUGCCUGUCGCUCCAAGCUUACCGACAGGGGCCGAAAGCGCCGUCUUGUCAGCGACUGCUACAAUACUGCCUUCAGACCUCUUGAGCUCGAUUCUGUCGGGUAUAAGCCUUCCUGCCGCUACAGCAUUGCCAUCGAACAUCUUGAGCUCGGUCCUGUCGGGUGUAGGCUUACCGACCGGAGUCGCCCUCAGCUCCAUCUUAUCUGAUCUUGUUACAGCACUGCCAUCAGGCGUGCUUAGCUCCAUUCUCUCCGAAGCUAGUGUACCGACACUCAGCAACCUGCCAUCUGGCCUUCUCAGUUCACUGCUUUCAACAAUCAACAUACCUGUGAUCACCAGCUCCCCCGUAAGCCCCAGCUUGCCGACUGGUGGUGAUCUUAGCUCGCUUCUCUCGGAGCUUGGUACGGCGCUACCAUCUGGUGUAUUAAGCUCAAUCCUCUCUGAGGCCAGUGUGCCAGCAAUUAGCGACUUGCCUUCCGGUGCUUUGAGUUCCAUCCUUUCAGAUCUCAGCCUGGCUACGAUAAAUCCAUUGCCCACUGGCACACUGACAUUGAGCCCUGUCCUAUCAAGUAUCCCGUCGAAUUUGUUGAGCUCGAUCUUCGCCGAGGCCAGUGUAACAGCAAUAAGCGAUCUUCCGUCCGGAAUACUCAGCUCUAUCCUGUCAGGUGUCACCCCCCCUGCGGUCACAUCAUUGCCAAUCAGCACACCCGACAUCAGCUCAAUCUUUUCUGGUAUUCCAUCAGAUCUUCUGAGCUCCGUCAUCUCCGGUGCCAGUGUGCCAGCGAUAAGCGAUCUACCGUCCGGUAUUCUCAGUUCUAUCACGUCGGACAUCGGUCUCUCCACCCUCACUGCAUUGCCUACGAACGCAGCUGCCAUCAGUUCUAUAAUCUCGGACAUUGGCACAGCUCUUCCGUCAAAUGUGCUCAGUUCCAUUCUCGCCGGCGCCAGUGUGUCCGCGGUUAGUGAUCUACCGUCUGGUGUCCUGAGCUCAAUUCUCUCGGGUCUCAGUCUUCCUGUAAUCACUGGACCACCGACUGGUGCACCAAGUCUCAGCACCAUCGUACCCGAAAUCAGCAUACCUCUACCGUCGGACGUGCUCAGCUCUAUUCUCUCAGAUGCCAGUGUCUCUGCCAUCCGCGAUCUUCCAUCCGGUAUCUUAAGCUCUAUCCUUUCAGUAGCCAGUCUUCCUGCUAUCACUUCGCUGCCCAUCGGAGUUUCUACACUAACCUCCACACCGCCUGAGAUCAGUGUAUCACUACCAUCAGAUCUGCUUAGUUCUAUACUUUCACGGGCUAGUGUAUCCAAUAUUGGAGGUUUGCCAUCUGGCGCCCUUAGCUCUCUCCUCUCGGCGGUCAGUCUUCCUACCAUUACCUCGCUUCCGACUGAAAUUUCAGCAUUAAGCUCCUUUUUGCCAGAGAUUAGCGUGUCGCUGCCAUCAGACUUGUUGAGCUCGGCACUGUCACAAGCCAGUGUAUCUGUCAUUGGAGAUUUGCCGUCAGGUAUACUGAGCUCUCUUCUCUCGGAAGCCAGUCUUCCCGUAAUCACGCCACUCCCUACUGGAGCCUCGGCACCUAGCGCACUGUUGUCCGAUAUCAGCGCACCUGCGAUCACCGGUCUGCCCUCAGAUGUAUCCGCACUGAGCUCGCUGCUUUCCGGAAUUGGAGCAAUUUCAUCUAUUUCACCUGUAUCUCUACCAUCUGGUGCUUCAGCGCUCAGCUCGCUCAUCUCAGAAGCUGAUGCAAAUAUAACAUCGCUACCAUCCGGAAUUUUACCUUCGAGCAUCAACAUCGGUAUUACGUCGCAGCCAUCCGAACCUUUGCCAUCGGACUUAGCCCAACUGAGUUCUCUCAUUUCCAGGCUUGGUACAAGCUACACGUUCCUCCCAACUGGUGUAUCCGCUCUAAGCUCAUUGCUGUCGGAACCCAACGCCACUGCUUCGUUACUUCCAUCAGAAAUUCUGCCGUCUGAUGCAGCAGCCUUGAGCUCACUUUUGUCGGAGAUUAGUGCAGGCAUCACCUCUCUGCCAACUGGUGCGUCUGCACUGAGUUCACUUCUGUCAGACGUCACGUUGCCCAGUUCCUUGCCUGCAAACCUUUCCCUGCCCUCUGACUUUUCGCUACCCACGGGUAUCGUAUUGCCCACAGGUAUUCCCCAAUCAUCUCUCUUCUCGCUUCCUCUAGGUCUAUCACAGCCCACAGAAGUCUCUGUGGCAUCAAGCGUCUCGCUGCAAUCGUUUUCUGUGCCAUCGAUCUCACUACCAUUCGUAUCGCUGCCAUCGGUAUCGCUUCCAUUGGAAGUUUCAGGACCGACCGGAAUCGUUCUGCCUACAGGGUCAUCAAUAUUGACAGGGCUGUCCCUGCCCACGAUAUCUUUGCCUUCCAACACUUUACUGCCUACAGGAGUUUCUGCGUCGGUGCCUAUCAGCGUCUCACUGCCAAUCGCGGUAUCGUUGCCUACUAGCAAUAUCCUACCAGGGCUGUCUAGCGUUGGGCUUCCAAAUGGUUACACCACUAUCACGACCUUAUAUUCUGGAUCAGUAGCAAUUACAAGGACAAUUGCCUCUCCUGGCCUCCUCGGGGGGCUUGGGACUGUCCUUGUUGAAGUACCUUACAGCGUUGCAACGCCAUCCGGCAGCAGCACCUCAAGCCGGUUGUCGUACACAACUCUUACUUCCUUCUAUUCUGGCUCAGCUACUUUGACAUCCACUCUUGCUCUACCGUCUCUAGGACAGCUUGGCACUGUACUGGUGGAGAUUCCCUCUAAUGCCGCAACAUUGGCAAGCGGCGCUUCCAUUCCAGCGUCAUACACAACUCUUACUUCGUUCUACCCUGGUUCAGCCACUCUGACAGCAACUCUUGCUUUGCCUUCUUCAGGACAACUAGGCACUGUGCUAGUCGAAAUACCUUCCACUAUCGCUGCGCCGACGCUCAGCACCGCCGCCCAAAGUACUCCAAAUGCUAUCCAAUUUACUACAGUCAUCUCGUUCUAUUCUGGCUCAGCAACAACUACGGCGACUGUCGCUGUUCCAACUGCCGGGCAGCCUGGAACUGUGGUUGUGCAGAUUCCAUCACAAUCCACAGGCUUCACUACUCUCACCUCUUUCUACGAGGGCUCGGUCACCACAACUGCGAUCAUUGCAGCCCCAACACUUGAGCUUGAGGGUACUGUGCUCGUGCGAGUCCCUCGGGACCGGUUCGCCAUCAUCACCAUCACUGCGAUCUACGACGGAGAUGAAGCUACCACAUCGACCGUUGCUACGCCAAGUCUGCCUGGCCAAACUGGUACAGUCCUUGUCCAGGUUCCAUUAAGCCUAUACUUGAACACGGCAACAUCAUUCUACUCAGGCUCAACAACACGCACGACAACAAUCGCUUCACCUGCCCUAAGCCGGCCAGGUACUGUAGUUGUUGAGGUUCCCACCUCGACAGCAUUUACGACUAUCACUUCAACCUACACUGGGUCGGUCGUUGCUACAUCAACAGCUGCUAUUCCGAGUCUACCAGGCCAAAUCGGUACUAUUGUUGUUCAGGUUCCGGAAGCCAGUGGCUUUACUACGAUCACAUCGUUCUACUCGGGCUCAGCGACUGUUACGGCAACGAUCGCUACGCCGACUCUGGGGCAGCCUGGGACUGUUCUCAUUGAGAUUCCAAGUGCGGCACAGUUUACGACUAUCACUAGGACAUAUGCUGGCUCCACUCCUGUUACUUCUACGCUGGCCACCCCAACUCUUGGCCAGAUUGGCACCAUCGUCGUGGACGUACCACAGCAGCUUGGUUACACCACUUUCACCAGAACAUAUGCCGGAUCUACACCAAGUACGACAACAGUAGCUACUCCUACACUUGGCCAGGUCGGGACUGUCAUUGUUGAUGUCCCCCAGCAGCCUGAUUUCACAACUAUCUCAAGGACCUAUGCCGGAUCUACGCUCAGCACGACAACUGUCGCUCUUCCCACACUUGGCCAGCUUGGCACCGUUAUUGUUGAUGUUCCCCAACAGCCUGCCUUUACUACGAUCACAAGGACAUAUGCUGGAAUCACACCCAGCACGACAACUGUCGCUCUUCCUACUCUGAGCCAGGUCGGCACCGUCAUUGUUGACAUCCCCGAAGGAUUCGAGUUUACAACCCUUACGAGAACAUACAGUGGAUCUAUACCGAGCACAACGACAGUUGCUUUGCCGAAUCUUAGCCAAAUCGGCACCAUCAUUGUUGAUGUGCCACAGCAGCUUUUCGCUACUGUUACUUCGUUCUACUCUGGUUCGACGAUUGCAACAUCGACUAUUUUCACACCUAGCCUCCCCGGCCAGACUGGUACUAUCGUGGUGCAGAUUCCAGAGACCCGCCCAUUUGUCACAGUCACCUCUCUUUACGCAGGCUCAAGUAUUGCCACCUCAACAGCUUUCUCUCCCUCUCUGCCUGGCCAGACGGGUACAAUCGUGGUGCAGAUCCCGGAUACUCGCCCAUUCGUUACCAUCACCUCUCUGUACGCAGGGUCGACCAUCGCGACCUCGACAGCCUUUUCUCCUUCUCUCCCUGGACAAACUGGUACGAUUAUCGUUCAGAUACCCGAGGCACUGGAAUUCAUCACCAUCACUGAGCCUUACACUGGAACAAUCUUGACUACGGCAACACUAUUCAGUCCUAGUCUUCCAGGGCAAAUCGGUACGGUGAUAGUGCAGAUACCAGACAGUCUUAGGUUCACCACAAUCACCACUCCAUACACUGGUUCGUCUGCGACAACAAGAACAUUGUUCCCAAGUCUGCCGGGGUCAAACCGCCUUUCAGGACAAAUCGGUACAAUAGUCGUACAGGUGCCCGAGGCAGUGGUUUACACAACUAUCACCAGCCUGUAUUCUGGCUCGUUGGUGGCCACCUCGACCCUGUUCACCCCGAGCCUUGCUGGUCAAACCGGCACUGUUGUUGUUCAAGUCCCACAGGCGCUUCAGUACACCACGAUAACUUCAUUCUAUUCCCGGAACAAGGCAGGUCGGUACGGUCAUCAUCCAAGUUCCGCAGACGCUUGCAACGCGGCUCUUGGGUUCACCACAAUUACAUCGUUCUAUUCUGGGACGAGCGUAGCGACAUCAACUGCAGCCAUUCCCAGCCUUCCAGGACAACUCGGUACCGUCAUCGUGCAGAUCCCUCAAUCUCUCUCGAAUGUACCUCAGUACACGACGAUCACAUCUUUCUAUUCUGGGACGAAUAUUGCCACUUCGACGGCGGCGGUGCCUAGCACUCCUGGACAGAUUGGUACUGUUAUUGUUCAGAUUCCCCAGUCGCUCGCGAAUGUACCCGUGUACACUACGAUCACAUCUUUCUAUUCCGGAACAAGUAUAGCUACCUCAACAGCGGCGGUGCCUAGCCUUCCCGGGCAGAUCGGCACUGUCAUCGUACAAAUCCCUCAGACGGUUGCCGAUGCGUUGGAAUACACUACUAUCACCGAGGCCUACUCAGGCACAAGCAUCGCUACAUCCACCUUGGCUGUUCCCACAGUUUCUGGCCAGAUUGGCACCGUACUUGUGCAAGUACCGCAGUCGCUGUCGCUUGCUGACGCGUUGCAAUACACGACGAUCACCGAGGCGUACUCAGGCACAACCAUUGCCACGUCUACCGUGGCAGUCCCGACCCUGCCCGGUCAAAUUGGGACUGUAGUCGUACAGUUGCCUCAAUCAGUCGCCGAUAGCUCUCUGUCCUUCACGACAGUUACCUCGAGAUAUUCUGGCUCAACUGUCGCCACAUCUACAGUGGCAGUGCCUACCCUGUCCGGCCAGAUUGGUACCGUAGUUGUGCAAGUGCCUGAAACAUUUAGCAACGCUUUGUCCUUCACAACCAUUACUGCAACGUACUUUGGUUCGACUACUUCCACGUCUACCGUGGCAGUCCCUACCCUGCCCGGCCAAGUUGGCACUGUAAUUGUACAGGUGCCUCAAUCUCUCGCAGAAGCUCUGUCUUUCACCACGAUUACCUCAACGUACUCUGGAUCAGUCGUCGCCACAACCACUGCAGCCCCUUCGCUAUCUGGCCAAAUCGGAACUGUAAUUGUGCAGGUGCCGCAGUCCCUUGCAGAAGCGCUAUCAUUCACCACAAUCACCUCUACGUACCCUGGAUUGACCAUAGCUACCAUUACUGAAGCACUGCCUCUUUCUGGUCAGCUUGGUACUGUGGUCGUGUUAGUGCCGCAGACCCUUGGACAAACUCCUUCGUUCACCACAAUUACCUCCACGUACUCUGGAUCAGUCAUUUCUUUAACAACUGCAACGCCAUCCCUCCCCGGUCAAAUUGGCACUGUAAUUGUGCAGGUGCCUCAGACGCGUCUGUUCACCACUCUGACAUCAACCUACUCUGGAUCGACGAUUACAACCUCAACCAUUGCUACGCCUUCGUUACACUGGAGAACUUACUCAGGCUCCGUGAUCACAACAGCGACAAUUGCUACGCCGACAUUGUCCGGACAAGUUGGCACCGUACUUGUGCAGGUGCCUUUGACGUUGGAAACUGCGCUCUCCUUUACCACCCUGACUUCUACUUACUCUGGCUCUAUAAUCGCCACCAUUACGAUAGAUAGACCGACGCUGCCUGGUGAUAUUGGCACCGUGGUGGUCCAGGUGCCUCAGACGUUGGCAAAUACGCCCUUGUUCACUACUUUGACUUCAACUUAUCCUGGCUCCACUACCAGGACCGCGACGAUAGCGACGCCAACGCUACCUAGCGAUAUUGGUACCGUGAUAGUGCAAGUGCCACAAGCACCUGCUUUCACGACGAUUACAGAGACUUAUGCUGGCCCCAUAACCGCCACACGGACAUUGGCCACGCCCAGCCUCCCAGGUGAGACUGGUACUGUAGUCGUACAGGUACCGCAGCAAACAUUCGCAUUCACCACCAUCACAGAAACGUAUAAUGGUUCAACAACCGCUACAUCCGUUCUUGCCACCCCAUCUCUUGCUGGACAAACCGGCACUGUACUCAUUCAAGUACCGCAGCCAUCACUUGCCUUUACAACAAUCACGGAAACGUACAGUGGGCUAAUAUCCGCUACAUUGACCAUUGCUACUCCAUCUCUUGCUGGCCAAACAGGCACUGUAUUAGUGCAGAUACCGCAGCAGCCGUUGGCCUUUACCACAGUCACGGAGACCUAUAAUGGAUCCACGACCGCCACGUCUGUCAUUGCAACUCCCUCAACUAUCGGCCAAACAGGCACUGUCUUGAUUCAGAUACCCCAGCCAACUCUGCUAUUUGUGACGAUUACUACCACGUACCUUGGCUCCGUUCUCACCACUGCUACCAUUGCGAACCCGACUGCUACUCCAAUCCUACCAGGGCAAACCGGAACAGUUGUCGUAUUGGUGCCUCAAGCGGCGUCUGCUUUCGAAUACACGACGAUUACUUCGACGUACUCUGGAACCGCGAUUGUCACUUCAACUGCUGUUACUCCCACCGCAUCGGGUCAAACGGGAAUCGUCAUUAUCCAGGUGCCCCAGUUACCUUCUGCUUUUGAUUACACGACGAUUACUUCGACCUAUUCUGGCACCUUGACCCUCACCUCAACUGUAGCUAUUCCAACGUCACCAGGGCAGACGGGGACUAUCAUUAUCCAGGUACCCCAGUUGCCGUUCAAUUUCACAACUAUCACCUCUACAUAUUCUGGCACAUUGACUCUUACAUCCACUGCGGCCAUUCCAAGCCUGCCAGGGCAAACUGGAACAGUUGUGGUUCAGGUACCGCAACUGCCGUACGAAUUUGUCACAUUCACAUCGACGUAUUCUGGGACAGCGGUGGUGACAUCCACUGCGGCCAUUCCAAGCCUGCCAGGGCAAACAGGAACAAUCGUGGUCCAGGUUCCGCAACUGCCGUACGAAUUUACGACUGUCACAUCAAGAUAUUCUGGGACUGCAGUGCUCACCUCUACGGUGGCUAUCCCAAGUCUACCAGGUCAAACGGGAACAAUUAUCGUGCAAGUGCCAGAACAGCUGCCGUACGAUUUUACGACAAUUACCUCGACCUAUUCUGGUACAGCGGUGUUGACGUCCACCGCAGCAGUCCCAAGCCUUCCAGGCCAAACAGGUACAAUUAUCGUGCAAGUUCCGCAGCAACCAUCAUUCGAGUUUACGACGAUUACAUCGACGUAUUCCGGAACAGCAGUCGUAACUUCUACAGCUGCUCUACCAAGUAUACGAGGCCAGACGGGUACUGUCAUCGUACAGGUGCCUCAGGUCCCACUUGUCUUUACAACGCUCACAUCGCUAUAUACUGGAUCCUCCGCCGUCACAGCAACAAUCGCCACCCCAAGUCUACCAGGACAAACAGGCACCGUGCUCGUAGAGCUGCCCCAGCAAUUUACUACAAUCGUCAAUCCGUACAACGGCUCUGCAAUUCUCACAAGAACGGUGGCCACACCGACUCGUCCUGGAGAGACUGGUACAAUUAUUGUGCAAUUGCCGGAGCAGCCAUUCGAAACGAUCGCUAUCGCCCAGCCUUCCAGGGGCAGACCAGGUACUGUGCUCGUGCAAGUGCCCCGGGCCUUUCACAACCAUUACCUCCUUUUACUCCCGGACUUGCCUCUACAACGUCAACACUCGCCACUCCGAGUAUCCCCGGGAGAAACUGGUACCGUGCUCGUGCAAGUACCUCAAGCCUUCACUACGCUUACCUCAUUUUACACUGGAGCCGUAUUCACUACUUCAACACUUGCCACGCCAAGCGCUCCUGGGGAGACUGGCACAGUGCUCGUACAAGUUCCUCGAGCGUUCACGACGAUUACUUCGUUCUACUCUGGGCUUGUUCCCACUACGUCUACACUCGCUACCCCAAGUGCUGCUGGAGAGACGGGUACCAUACUCGUGCAGGUGCCCCAGUUCUUCACGACCCUUACCUCGUUCUACACUGGCCUCACACCCACGACUGCGACGCUUGCAACACCCAGCACCCCUGGAGCCACCGGCACCGUGUUAGUGCAAUUGCCCACCCAAUUUACAACGAUCAGCUCGCUCUACGCUGGGUCUGUUCCAAUCACUCGGACAGUUGCCACGCCAAGUCUACCUGGAGAAAUCGGUACGGUGUUUGUCGAUGUGCCAGCUCAAUACACAACGGUCACCUCGCUUUAUGGGGGCUCCAUUCCUAUCACUUCAACAAUUGCAACCCCUAGCAGCCCUGGUCAAACUGGCACCGUUCUUGUGCCCCAGUCUUUCACAACCAUUACCUCGAUCUUUGCAGGCUCAACCGCUUCGACGAUUACUGCAACCCCAAGCCGCAUUGGCGAGAUUGGAACUGUACUUGUCCUGUUCCCGCGUCAAUUUCAAACAAUCAGCGAGCUCUAUGACGGUUUGACGACCUCCACGACAACAAUCGCUUUCCCAACUUUGGCUGGUGAGACGGGCACAAUUGUUGUGCAGGUACCUGCUCAGUUUACGACCAUCUCCACACUCGCACCGGCAAAUAACUCGGUCCUCUCAACAGCCACGCUUGCGAGACCAAGUGCAAUUCAGCCAAAUAGGGAACAGUGCUGGUCGCAAGUUCCCCAAACAGUACACUACCGUAACUUCUCUCGACACGACUGGCGGAGCUAG